UUUCAAGGUCAUUAUAUAACAACGGCAUCGCACGCCUGCCAUUUCCCAAGAUGAAAAGAUCAAAAGAAGCUAACACCUGCUCUUUCGUCUCGCAACUCCACUCGUCGCUACGGCUACCACGGAUACUUCCCCAUCUCCUCCUUCCCAUCUCGCAUUUGCUUGUGUAGGCCUUUGCCGAGAGAGCAUCUUCUCCGCCGUUGGGCUUGCGCCCGCUUGCGAUUCGCCAAUCCUCACCGUCUCCGUAGCACGUGGUCCGCCCAGCUCUGAUGUGGCCGAGGAGAGGCGGCGUGUUCAGGCGGCUCCUCGCGGUCAAGUUCCGUCUCACCGUGGCUAGAUUCGUCGAGAGCAUCGGCAGCAGGUGCGGCUACCGCAGCUCGAUGCCUCUCCGCUACGGGGAGCGCGAGCUCUCGUUCGACGAGACUCCGGUCUUCCGCGUCAAGAUGCACCGUCCCGGAGGAUCCACGAGGUCCCGCUUCCGCCUCCCUCGCAUCCCCUGCAUCAGGCCGGACGUCGAUUUCGAGCACGGCUUCUUCGUAGGCGACUGGGAGAGGAAGAGCCUGGUUGCCGUCGGAGACGGAGGAGAAUGCGUGUACAGUGAGAAGGCGACGGGAUUGUCCGAAGAAGAAGAAGAAGAAGGAGAAGGAGGAGGAGGAGGAGGGAUUGAUGAGAGGGCAGAGGAGUUCAUAGCGAAGUUCCAUGAGCAGAUGAAGCUGCAGAGGCAGGUUUCGUACUUACAGUACACUGAGAUGCUCAACAGAGCCACGAGCUGAAUCAAUAGUCCCCAAUCUCUCUCUGUCUCGACAGUAAUAAUUUCCCACUCCGCACCUCGGUUGCAGGACACUUAUGUAGACACUGGAGCUUCAACGCAUAUUGAUUAUCGAGUUUGAAUAUUCACGAUUUUUCCUUUUCCUCGUUUACGUCAAUGUAUUUAAUUUCCGAUUUUCAACUAUCCAUCCUUAUGUGCUUA